AGUUUUAUCGAGUAUACUACAAUAAAAUAUACUUUCUGAUUUGGGUCUGUUGUGGGCUUCUUUCCAUCUCUUCCAUCGGAAAGAUCGAUCCCUUUUUCCCCACAGUUUUGAUCCGGGCUGAUCUCUGACUGCAUUUGAGGUAUGAAUUUCCAAAGCGUGGAGGAGUUUUGGCUAUUUUACAUGAAUCAACACUCGAAACCAGCCACUAGGUGUUGGCAUUUUGUGGGCACGCUUUGUUGCUUGAUAUAUUCAAUGCUUUUCAACUGGUGGUUUGUGAUCCUUGUGCCCUUGUUGGGAUAUGACUUGGCAUGGUAUAGCCAUUUUUUUGUGGAAGGAAAUGUUCCUGCAACUUUUGGGCAUCAUUUUUGGUCCCUUUUGUGUGAUUUCAAGAUGUUUAGAUUGAUGCUUACUGGUCAAAUGGAUAGAGAAAUUAAGAGGCUCAGUAAGAGGCUAGUUCUGCAAGCUUACUAA